UCUGCUGAUGGCCAACGGCUGUAUGAAGCAGUGUCGAUGGGCUGCCUGCUGGCUGGAGGACCCCUGUUGGGUAUACUGGGUCUCUGCUACACCAUGUACUUCCUGGGUCCCACUGCACUACUGGGUUCCAUUAUUUUUGUCAUCUUCUACCCUGCAAUGAUGCUUGCAUCGAGAUUGACAGCGUAUUUCCGCAAGAAGUGUGUCGCGGUGACUGACCGGCGUGUGAGGUUGAUGAAUGAGAUCUUGGGAUGCAUAAAGUUCAUCAAGAUGUACUGCUGGGAAGACGCCUUUGCUCAGAAUGUUCAUAGUGAGUGGCUUUUAUGUUACAAAGUCAUGUGUUUCUUGGGAAUGUGAAUUACAUCAUGAAGUGUCAUUUCAAAAGAAGGACUGGGUGUCCUUCUUUAAGUAGUUAUAG